GGCGAGCUCGCUCUCGCCCGUGCGCGUCACCUGACCGCGAGCCAUAUGCAAAUCAGUCUCAUCCUCCAACGCCAUUGGCUCUCUCUCACUCAUUUAUUCCAUGUCAAAGCGCAUCAUAUGGCCGCUCUUCCACUAACUUUUCUAGCGCACCGCUGAAAGUAGCUCAAAGACUGGAUGUGCAAAUCAACCCAGGAGGAAGUUAGUAUAAGACAAAAGGCUGACGACCAGCUGCAAAGUUAUCAUCUGUUUGGAUUGUACCUCUAUUCAAGUGACCUAUUUUUUAUAAGGACGUUUUACGCGCGUGAACCAGGCAACGGGGACGCCGAGGGUGUAUUGAGUGAAUGUUUCUGCGUAUGAGCUGAGUAAGUGAAAGCCAAGUUAAUGUAUAGCAUGAUGAUGGAAACGGACUUACAUUCUCCAGUACCCCAAACUAACACAAACACGGGUCACACGGGACCCAACGGCGGGAGCAAAGUUAACCAAGACCGCGUAAAGAGACCCAUGAACGCGUUCAUGGUUUGGUCUCGGGGUCAGCGCAGAAAGAUGGCCCAGGAGAAUCCCAAAAUGCACAACUCGGAGAUCAGCAAGCGCCUCGGAGCCGAGUGGAAAGUAAUGUCCGAGGCUGAAAAGCGACCCUUCAUCGACGAGGCAAAAAGACUACGUGCAAUGCAUAUGAAGGAGCAUCCGGAUUACAAGUACAGACCCAGAAGAAAGACCAAGACGCUGCUCAAAAAAGACAAAUAUUCAUUGGCAGGUGGCCUGCUUGCUGGAUCUGGGGGCGGAGGCGGUAUGGGUCUGGGAAUGGGUUCCGCUGGUGUCGGCCAGAGGUUAGAGAGUCCAGUGGGUCAUGGUGGCACCGCGGCGAGCUACGCGCACAUGAACGGAUGGACCAACGGUACCUAUUCGGGACAGGUGGCUGCGGCCGCGGCUGCCGCUGCAAUGAUGCAGGAGGCGCAGCUCGCCUACAGUCAGCACGCAGGCAGCGGUGCGCAUCACCACCACGGGCAUCACCACCAUCCUCACAACCCACAGCCUAUGCACCGCUACGAAAUGACCGCUCUCCAGUACAGCCCCAUCUCAAACUCUCAAAGUUACAUGAGUGCUUCACCUUCAGGCUAUGGGGGAAUAUCCUACACGCAACACCAAAACUCCAGCGUGGCUUCUUCAGGGGCCAUCGGCACACUGGGAUCUCUGGUGAAAUCGGAACCGAGCGUAAGCCCUCCAGUUACAACUCACUCUAGAGUCCCCUGUUCCGGAGAUUUGCGGGAGAUGAUAAGCAUGUAUUUACCGGCGGCUGAGACAGGUGACCCGUCCGUUCAGAGCAGACUUCACGCUGUGCCACAGCACUAUCAAAGUUCAACGACAGGCGUAAACGGAACCGUUCCACUGACACACAUAUGAAAAGAUGCGAAACUACGCGUUCAGACUCGAAUAACCAAAUAUUUACCUCUUUUAGAGCAUCACUACCUUUUUUGUACAGAAUGUUUGUUCUUGUAAAUUUUGAAGGUGAUAUUAUUUAAAUAUAAAACGUAAGACAGGAGGUUGUCGUUGGGAUGUCGUCUGAAUAAUUUGUCUUUAUUUCAACAACACUACUUUGGUGAGGUUUACACGUUUGCUAAAUGCGAGGGAUUCAUUCUGAUUUAUUUGGUGUGAAAGAUGGUCCUUUUGUUUAAAACUGGAAAGAGAGUGAGUGCUACGGUGUAAAAUAUAAUCAAGUGACAUUGUUUUAAAAGUUUUCUUAAGGGUUUCUCUAUCCCACUUUGAUUUGUCAACACGUGAGUUGCUGUAUUUGAUAUUUGUUUGUUGUAUUUUUUUCUUGUACAUUGUGAAAAUAUUCCAGAAAAAUCGAUACACAUCUGUAAAUAUAAUUUGGUUUUGCCAGAAAAGAAGGAAACGUUUUGCGUUGAU